UUCCAUAUUUCCUCCACAUCCAUUUUAGGAUUAGCCUUCCAUCCCAAAAGACCGUGGAUCUUAGCGAGUCUACACACAGGCGCUAUUCAGCUUUGGGAUUACCGAACUUGCACAUUGAUUGAUAAAUUUGAAGAGCACGAAGGUCCUGUUCGUGGAAUCGAUUUCCAUUUAAAUCAACCACUUUUUGUAUCUGGUGGAGAUGAUUUCAAAAUACGCAUAUGGAAUUACAAGCAAAGAAAAUGUCUCUUUACAUUGCUUGGCCAUCUUGACUACAUCAGAACUACCUUUUUUCAUAAAGAGUAUCCAUGGAUUAUAAGUUGUUCAGAUGAUCAGACUAUUCGUAUAUGGAAUUGGCAAUCCCGCACCAGUGUAUCUGUGCUUACUGGGCAUAGCCAUUACGUCAUGUGCUCGCAAUUUCACCCCAAAGAAGAUCUAGUAGUAUCUGCAUCUCUUGAUCAAACUGUACGCGUAUGGGACAUAUCUGGUCUUCGAAAGAAAAACGUUGCACCUAGUGGCUUAUCAGGCAUUGAGGAGCAGAUACGCUAUCUCACUGGAGCCGGAAAUAGUCCAAGUAAUAGUUCAGGUCCAGGAAAUACUGAUCUAUUCGGUGGUAGCGAUGUGAUUGUUAAGCAUGUGCUAGAAGGUCACGAUCGGGGCGUUAAUUGGGUCUCCUUUCAUCCUACCCUACCCAUAGUUGUAUCUGCUGCAGACGACAAGCAAAUCAAACUCUGGCGCAUGACAGCAUUCACCUUUCAGUAG